AGGCUGUUCUUCAUACGUUUCAUCCUCAGUAUCCUAAACUAACAGAAAUUAUACCUUCUCUCGCGUUCUCUCUCACACACCCACACCCACACCCACACCACACCACAUCGCACUUCUCACAAAAACAAAACCCUAUUCUCUAUUUUCACACUCUCUGUCUCUUCUUCUUCUUCUUCUUAUAUCUCAAUCAAUCCCAUUUCGCUCUCUCAAAAAUCACACGUUGCUAUUCGUACAAAAACUCUUUCUCUUGUUCUUGUUCUUCUUGUUCCCUCUUAAACGCAUUCUUCUAAUCGGCAAUACCACUGCUACGUUAGGCGGUUAUUGAAACGGCUGCGUUUCCUUAUCUUCAUCAAUCACUGCCUCUCUCUCUAACUCUAGGGUUAGUUUCUUCCCUUUUUUUUUGUUUCUCUUUCCUCCUCUCGCUUUCUAAUUUCCCCAAAUUUCCUCCCUCUGUAACCCUAGGUUCCGGAGGAGUUUUUUCCACAUGCGUAUUUUCUAGGGUUUCUAUUGUCUCUACGUAAUUUUUCGGUGUCUUACAGGGCUCAAUUCUUGGUGCUAAACUGUUUGAUGGUUGGCUUAACGAUUUAUAGAGUUUUACCAUUGUUUUCGUAGUCGUGCUUUUUGGUUCGGGGAUCGAUUUCUUUUCAAUAUUUUCCCCCUGAAGAGGUGAUGCCUCUCUGAGUUUUCGAGGUCUUAUGCGAAUCCAUCUUUCUAUUUGAAGAUGGAGGCGUAGAGAAGCUUUUCCUUCACAGCAUUGUUAAGUCACGGGGCUCUUGUUUCCUUCUCCUUUGUUUUGGCGCGUUGCGGUGUCUGUUUGUGGUUUGUUGGAGGGCCCCUUUCAGUUAAGCAUUGUUGGAGCCGUUACGGUCUUGAAUCUGUGGUUAAUUUUGUAAACCGUUUGGAAGGUUGGAAGUUAAUCUGUGAUUAAUUUUCUUGAAUCUGUGAUUAAGUUUGGGGGUUGUAGCUUCUGUGAAGAUAAGCUGGUGUUACUCAUUACUCCACUGCCAGACGGACGAUAGUGUUAUUCUUGAUUAGUUUCGGGUAUCUAGAAUAAAGAAAGAUGAGGGGUAUGAGUUAGAAUCAGUAGUUUCACGUUUAAGUAUAUUAGUGCUGUUCUAGGGGUAGGGCUGGUGAAGAAGGUGCACGAGCUUUUUUAGUUGAUUCUGAUCAUGUUCAGUGUUCGUUAUGGAAAAAAGUGAACCUGCAUUAGUUCCAGAAUGGUUGAGAAGUGCUGGAAGUGUUGCCGGGGCUGGCAGUUCAGCCCACCAUUUUACAUCUUCGUCUACUCACACGGAUGCUCCUCAUGUACACCAUCACACAAGGAAUAGAUCUUCUAAGGCAACUAGUGAAUUUGAUAGCCCUCGCUCUGUGUUUCUUGAACGGACAUUUUCAUCAAAUUCUCGGAGGGGUUCAAUCAAUGGUUCUGCCAAGCAUGCAUAUAGUAGUUUCAACAGAAGUCAUCGUGAUAAGGACCGUGAUAGAGACAAAGAUAGAUCGAAUUUCGGAGACCACUGGGAUCGUGACUGUUCUGAACCAUUGGCCGACCUCUUUUCGGGAAGGAUAGAGAGGGAUACUUUGCGGCGUUCUCAUUCAAUGGUUUCCAGGAAACAGAGUGAGCUUUUGCCCCACAGAGUUACAGUAGAUACAAAAUCUGGUGGCAACAGCAGCCAGAACAAUGGCAAUGACAUACUUUCUGGUGGUAGUAUUGGUAGUAGCAUUCAGAAAGCUGUUUUUGAUAAGGAUUUUCCAUCACUUGGAGCUGAAGAGAGGCAGGGAAUUACUGAAAUAAGGAGAGUUUCAUCUCCCGGUUUGGGUGCUACUGCUAGUCAAACUCUCCCUGUAGGCAGUUCAGCUUUGAUUGGAGGGGAGGGAUGGACAUCUGCACUAGCAGAGGUACCUACUAUAAUUGGCAGCACUAGUACUGGAUCUCUGACUGUGCAGCAAACUGGUACUCCUACUUCUGGGUCUGUACUUUCAAGUACAACAGCUGGUCUUAAUAUGGCUGAAGCUUUGGCACAGACUCCAUCCCGAGCUCGUUCUACUCCUCUGGUGUCAGUCAAAACCCAAAGGCUUGAGGAAUUGGCUAUAAAGCAGUCAAGACAGUUGAUUCCAGUAACACCAUCAAUGCCUAAGGCUUUGGUCAACAAUUCUUCUGAGAAAUCAAAGCCCAAGACAACAGUCAGAAAUGCUGAGAUGAAUAUGGCUGCCAAGAUUGUGCCGCAGCAACCCUCUGCAUUGCACAUUGCUAGUCAUUCCGUUCACAGUGGAAAUGCAAAAGGUGAUGCUCCAAAGACAUCUGGAAAGUUUACUGAUCUUAAAUCAGUGGUGUGGGAAAAUGGUGUUACCCCCGCCUCCAAGGAUGCUUCAAGUCCAACACAUAAUUCUAACAGCAGACCUGGAAAUCAUCAUGCUGUUGCUUUACCAGCUGCUUCUACUACACCUUUGAGGAACCCCAAUAACCUCAAAUCCUCCACAGAACGGAAGCGGACUUCUUUGGAUCUGAAAUUAGGUUCCACUGUGGAUAAGAAACAUUCUAUCUCUCAGGUGCAGAGCCGGAAUGAUUUCUUUAAUCUCAUCAAGAAAAAAACUCUGACAAACUCCUCAGUUCUUCCAGAUUCCAGCCCAGUGGUUUUAUCUCCCACAAUGGACAAAUCUGGUGAAGUAAAUAGGGAAGCAGUUGGCACUCCUGCAAGUCCUCAAGAUCUUGGAAAUGGUGCAGACGUAACUAGCAAUGGUAAUGCCCAUGUGGAGGUUCACAGACUUCCUGAUAAUGAAGAGAAAGAUACAGUUCCUGAUGAGGAAGAGGCUGCAUUCCUCCGUUCUCUUGGCUGGGAGGAGGAUUCUGGUGAGGAUGAAGGCCUCACAGAAGAGGAGAUCAAUGCCUUCUAUCAGGAGUGCAUGAAAUUGGGCACCACUACAUUAAAGCUAUGCCAGGGCAUGCAGCCAAAGUUGUCCAAGUUUUUUGAAUCUUAUGCCACUAACUUGCGUGGAGCUUCUGCUGAAUUGAGUUCUUCUGACUCCAGAUCUGAAGCUUGAUGUUCGUUUUAUCAUGGAUAGAUGCCAGUUUCAUUUUUUUAAUGGCAGAUGGCUAGUAACAUUCUUCCCUUUUGUUUUUAAAGAAGGCUGAUGAUUUGGGAGUGAAAGAAGAGGGUGGGUUUUGAUUGGAACCCUGGAUUUUGCAAAUAUUGCAAUAAGUUACAGGUGCCUCAGUCCUGCCUGCUUAGCGGGGGAUUUUUUCUUCCUUUUUUUUGCGUUAAAAGCUAUAGGUUGGUUGGGUAGGGGUAGGGUAGGGGCUAUUUUGUCUGUAGUGGAAGGUGCUGCGCAAUUGCAUCUCUUGGGGUAUUUUGAUCCGUUUUUCUUUCAAGAGGGUUUGAUUCUACAUGAUAAAGUUUAUGAUAUUUUUGGUCAAUUUUACGAA